AUGACUUUAUCCACUUUUGAUGGCAGUGGCUCCAUUAGUGCAUUAGCGUGGGUUCAUAAGUUGGACAUAUACCUAUCCUUGAAAUCCAUGGCUGCAAAUGAAGCCAUUCAAUUUGUUGUCCUGCAUUUCGAGGGUGUUGCAUAUGCUUGGUGGCACCAUGGAUUAGUCACUCAGAAUCAUGCCCUUAUUCAUUUAUACCCAAAGUUCACAGAGAGAUUGAUUGCUAGGCUUGACAUGAAAGAUGUGGAACUUUACUACGAAUAUUUAGCCCUCCUGAAACAGUUGGGACAUGUGGAGUCUUAUAUUAAUGAAUUUCAGUGUAUAGCAGUGAUGGUGCCUGAGAUGCUUGAUAGGAGGGUAGUAAUACUUUUCAUAGAGGGUCUUCAUGAGAGAUAUCGUGGUUUAGUUAAGGCUUUGAAGCCUAAGACUUUACAGGAAGAUAUACAACUUACAUUGGACCUUGAUACCUCUCCUCCACCUUCUACAGUUCAACAGAACAUGAAAUCUUCUGAAGGUUCUAAACCUUCUCAGAGUUCAUCUUCAUAG